UUCCAUCAAAGUAGGCACGAUAAUAACUGCUGCUCCACGGCUCCACUUCCCAUCCCCCGUCGAGACUUACGACCAACCAAUUACCCCAUUCACCCCUCCACUCAGAUCUCACUCACUCCCACUACAAAGAAAGAAGAAGAAGCGAGCAAGAAGGAAGGCUUCGAAAAGCCGUCACGUUCUGUCCAUCCUUGCUCGGGAUCAGAGAGAGAUCUCUCUUGGUGAGAUCCGGGGAAGGGGGAGGGCAUGGGGCAUGUGAACCUCCCGCCGUCGAGGCGCGGUGGCCCGGGGCGGCAGUGGACCUUCCUGGACCUCGUAUCCGCAUCCUUCUUCGCCGCCGUGCUCGUCUUCUUCAUCCUCGUCUUCACCUCCCUCGGCGACUCCCUCGCCGCCUCCGGCCGCCGCGCCCUCGCCCGCUCCUCCUCCUCAUCCGAUCCCCGCCAGCGCGACCGCCUCCUCGCCCUCCUCGACGGCCCUCCCGUCCCCGGAGGCCACCGCGCCGUCAUCGACGCCUGCCCUGCCGAGGAGGUCGACUACAUGCCCUGCGAGGACCCCCGCCGCAACAGUCAGCUCAGCCGCCACAUGAACCUCUACCGCGAGCGCCACUGCCCCCCGCCCGGGGAGUCCCUUCUCUGCCUCACCCCCCCGCCCCAAGGUUACCGUUACCCCGUCUCCUGGCCGGAGAGCCUUCAUAAGAUAUGGCAUGAUAACAUGCCAUAUGAUAAAAUUGCAGAAAGAAAAGGUCAUCAGGGCUGGAUGAAGGAAGAAGGCCAAUACUUUAUCUUCCCAGGUGGUGGCACUAUGUUUCCUGAUGGAGCUUCACAAUAUAUUGCAAAGCUUGGACAGUUUAUCCCGAUAAAUAGUGGUGUUUUAAGGACAGCUUUGGAUAUGGGAUGUGGGGUUGCCAGCUUUGGGGGAUUUUUGCUUAAAGAGAAUAUCAUCACACUUUCUUUUGCUCCACGAGACUCGCAUAAAGCCCAAAUACAAUUUGCUUUAGAAAGGGGAAUACCGGCAUUUGUUGCGAUGCUGGGCACUCGUCGUCUUCCUUUUCCAGCAUAUUCGUUUGACCUCGUUCACUGUUCUAGAUGUUUGAUCCCUUUUACUGCAUAUAAUGGAACUUAUCUUAUUGAAGUGGAUCGUUUACUUCGACCGGGAGGAUUUUUGGUUAUAUCUGGUCCACCAGUGCAAUGGACUAAUCAGGACAAAGAAUGGAGUGAUCUGCAGGCUAUGGCACAUGCCUUGUGUUAUGAACUUAUCACAGUAGAUGGUAAUACUGCCAUCUGGAAGAAGCCUUCAGGGGCUUCAUGUCUUCCAAACCAAAAUGAAUUUGGACUUGAUCUAUGUAGUGAUACUGAUGACCCUAGUGAAGCAUGGUACUUCAACUUGAAAAAGUGUGUCAGUAAACCAUCCCUUGCAGGAGAAAUAGCUGUUGGGUCCAUUCCUAGGUGGCCAGAGAGACUCUCCAGACCAACUGCAAGGGUCUCACUCAUGAAGAAUGGGGUUGAUGUGUUUGAAGCUGACACACGGCGUUGGGUUAGAAGAGUUGCAUAUUACAAGAAAUCACUUGGGUUGGAACUAGGAAAGCCACGUAUACGCAAUGUUAUGGACAUGAAUGCAAUUUUUGGAGGCUUUGCAGCAGCGCUAAAUUCUGACCCAGUCUGGGUUAUGAAUGUUAUUCCUGCUAGAAAGCCAUUAACCCUUGGCAUAAUCUAUGACAGAGGCCUUAUUGGAGUUUAUCAUGAUUGGUGUGAAGCUUUCUCUACAUAUCCUCGAACAUACGAUCUCAUUCAUGUAGCAGGAAUCAAUUCCCUGAUAAGAGACCCAACUUCUGGCAAGAGCAGGUGUCACCUUCUUGAUUUGAUGAUAGAGAUGGAUCGCAUGUUACGUCCAGAAGGGACAGCUGUGAUUAGAGACUUACCUGAUGUCAUUGAUAAGGUGGCACGUAUUGCGCAUGCAAUUCGAUGGACAGCCCAGGUGCAUGAGAGCGAGCCAGAAACACGUGGUGGAGAGAAGAUUCUUGUAGCAACCAAGACCUUUUGGAAGUUGCCUUCGGCUUCCAAUUGACGCAUUGAUCACGUAUCUUUCUCAUAUUUUUAACAGGCGAGGCUUGGAGUAUGGGGCAGGUCUGCUCUGGCUGUAAUGCCAACUAAGAAAAUGCAAUUAGUUUAACUCUUAUAUAUAUAUAUAUUUGCUCCAAAAAGUAACAAAAGAAUCAAAUAUCAAUUUCAAGUUUCAUAAAAUUUUUUAUACUAGGGUCGUGCUUAUAUACUUGUCAGGGUGGUCUGUUCAGUUGCAAUGUGGCAGCUCUUUAUGACUAUGCCGGGGGCCAGGGGCCAGGGGCCAGGGGCCAGGGGCCCACCUUGUUUUUGUCUUUAAAUUUUUCAAGUGUCAUCCUGAUAGCAACUUGUUUGCUGAUCUUUGCACUUAAACCUUUUGUUGAAGCAAACUAGCAUUACGAACUUUUAGCAUUUGUCCGGAGAAGCGGAUAUGAGUUUGCAGUUGGUUUUA